UCUUCCGGAACUUGGCUGUCUCUAACCAACGCUGAAAGUCAACAGUUUCAGGCUCAGCAAACGGAGCUCUUGGGAAACUGGGAAAACAUUCAAUCGUCGAGUUUGCGGGGUCAUCUCAGUUGAUUGGCGCUACGCUGGGUGCUGCGCUGGAUCUAUCUCUGUAAUUGCCCAUCUCCAGCAGGGCAGAGAAAGUUCUCUGACAGGCUGGCAGUAGCCCCGCUGCAUGGAGGAGGAGGAAAAGCCAGGUGUGUGUCCUAGGGUGACCAGCCCACGGGCCAGGGGGGGUAACCUGGGAGAGAAGGAGCCAUGCCCAAGGGUGAAGACAUGAUCAACCUGUCCUUCCUGACCGAGUCGGAGCGGGACUUGAUCCUGGAGGUGCUGAGGAGAGAUGAGGAGCUGAGGCAGGCCGAGGAUCAACGCGUACGGAAGUUGAAGGCUGAGCUGCUGGACAUCAAAAGGAAGGGAGCCAAGCGCAGCAGUGGGAGGUACAGUGAGCGCAGCUGUGGCCGGUGCCAGGAGCCACUGGCUCGCCUGACAGUCAGCUCCUGCCAGUGUAGGGCCUGUAAGCACCAAGUGUGCCACAACUGCCGAGCUGUGCGUCCCAAUGGAUCCUGGGUGUGCAGUGUGUGUGCCAAAGAGGCUGAAAUGAAGAAAUGUACGGGGGACUGGUUCUAUGACCAGCGAGUGAACCGCUUCUCCUCAACCACCGGACAUGAUAUAGUGAGAUCCUCUCUAAAAAACAAGCCUGCGUGUGUGAAGAAGAGAGAGACGGUGGGAGAGGUGCUGCUGCAGAGCUCUGAGAUGAAGCUCAGCAAUCCAACCCCAGUCCCCCGGCCCAGGCUGAAGGACUUGGCAGCCAACAGCCAGGGGGGACAACCCCAGACGGCUGUUGAGUCUAGAGAGCAGCAGCAGCAGCGCAGUGACACAGAGUCUGCCGAGAAAACCAGUCUGAGCAGUUCUAAAACGGGGACAGAGUCAUCACGCGGGACCCCUCUUCUCACCAGGAAGGAGCUGUCCACGGGUCGGUCAAGUACAGCAGGCUCCAGUACAAAUGUCUCAGACAGCGUCAGCGACCAAAGCUCUGUCUCGAACACAGACACUGCCCGGAUUGGGAAGCGGGCCAGUCCCAGGCCAGGCUGUGCACCCAUGGAGGAAGACAGGCUGUUUAAGAAGAGUGUCAGAAGUGGUGCUAAGACCUCCGAGUUCACGUCGACGGUGGAUCUGCGUAAGGACGAACAGGAGGAAGCAAGAGCGCCCUCAAUGGGGGACAGGAGCAAGUCUGUGCCGGGCCUCAAUGUACAGGAUGAGGAUGAAGAUGAGGAUAUAGAUAACUUGGUGAGCAUCCAUAGACAGACUGUGGCCUCCAGUGUCUCCAAUCUCAGAGGCUCCAAGAGCACACUGGGCAGUCUCAUGAGCAUCUACAGCGAAGCAGGAGACUAUGACAGCGUGGAGGUGAGCGGGGACAUCGUGUUCUCACUCAGCUACGAUGAACACAGCCAGACCCUCAACAUUGUCAUCAAGGAGUGCCACUCCCUGGCCUACGGGGACGCCACUCGCCAACGCUCCAACCCGUAUGUGAAAUGUUACCUUCUCCCUGACAAGUCUCGCCAGAGCAAGAAGAAGACAAGCAUUAAGAGGAACACAGUCAGCCCCACCUACAAUGAAACUCUGAAGUACUCCAUCAGUCGCUCCCAGCUGGCCUUCCGCUCCCUCCUGCUCUCCGUGUGGCACCAUGGCCGCAUCAGUCGCAACGCCUUCCUGGGAGAAGUGGAGGUACCACUGGACAGCAGGGACCUCGACGCCACACAGGAGGAGUGUGUGCUACUGAUGGGCAAAGCGUCCUCUUCAGGGCAGUCCUCGGCCUUCGCCCAGUACAAAGGGGAACUGGUGGUCUCUCUGAAGUAUGUCUCAGCCAAAAACCCAGCCAUCGACAAGACCAAAGGCAAGAAGGCGAAGACAGAGGAAGGAGGGGAGUUACACAUCCUUAUCAAAGAGGCAAAAAACCUGACGGCUAUGAAAGCAGGGGACACGUCAGAUUCCUUUGUAAAGGGGUACUUGUUGCCAGCAAAAGCCAAGUCCAGUAAGAAGAAGACUCCGGUGGUGAAGAAGACUCUGAACCCUCACUAUGACCACACAUUUGUGUACAAGGAGAUGUCUCUGGAGCAGCUGAGGACCAUGAGCUUGGAACUGACCGUGUGGGACAAGGAGGCCAUGGGCUCGAAUGACUUCCUGGGGGGAGUUCGCCUCAGCACAGGCACAGGCACAAUGAAAGUGGGAAAGGAGGAUGUGGAAAUGGACUCAGCUGGGGAGGAAGUGAGUCUGUGGGAGAAGAUGAUGCAGUACCCUGACUCAUGGGCAGAGGGUACUCUUCCAUUGCGCUCCUCUAUGGGCAAGAACUAGGGCAAGUAAGGACAGUGCCUGGACACGGAUGAAAAGCCACAAUGAUUUAUCAGGUUUCACAAUGAUCAUGACUAUCUGUUGAUCCUGUUUUAUUGUACCCACAAACACCACACCCAUGGCCUUCUUGAAGGUUUAGAUUUUUAUCUUUAAUCUUGUCGUUAUGAUUUUUUACUUGUUGAAAGGCAUUUUAAAUCAAAUGUAGCACUUACAGAAUAGUUCACAAUUGUUCAUAGUGCACGUUUUGUACACUGAAAGCACUACUCAUUAUAAACAGUGGUUUUAAAGGGGGUGCUUUUCUCUUGCACUAGUUAUCCAGUUAUCCAGGUUUGUAAAACAGAUAAUCUAGCUAGCAUCCUUACUAAUGAUUUAUGGAGACAUCAAGCUUGUAGUGAAUAUACAUAUGUAUAUAUUGUUGUUGCACAAAAUUACAUGUAUUCUUAUACACAAUGCUCUUCAUUUGUAGACAGCAAGGUAAAUAUGUCUUUCAAAUAUUUUAAUUAUUUUAACAUUUUAAGUUUAUUUUGAAUCAUGCCUGUAUAAAAUAGUUUAUUCACAUAAUAAAUAUAUGAACUGA